AGAACCCACAUCCGGUCUCGACGCCAAGUCCUCCAUGUUGUCAUUGGAGCUUUGCUGAGGUUGUUGAAUAAUAUCGGAUAAAUAAACGACAAUGUCUGGCUACACUCCGGACGAGAAGCUCCGCUUGGAGCAGCUCACUAAGCUCCGAAGGCAGUGGCUGAAGGACCAGGAACUCAGCCCCAGGGAGCCCGUCGUACAAGCGAAACCACCCGGCGCAAUCACCAAGUUCUGGACAGGUUUUCUGGAGCCCAAGAGCCUGUGGAGGCUUUACACAUACAAAGCCUACAAAGGGGGCGUUUUCACAUUAACACGUUUGUUGAUUCCUGCUUGGGUCGUCCACUACUACGUCAAAUAUCAUGUUGCUAAAAGACCAUAUGGCAUUGUGGAAUUGAAACCCAAGCUUUUCCCGGGUGACACUAUUCUGGAGACAGGCCAAGUUGUGCCGGAACUCCCCGAGAGCCACGACCAUCAUCAUUGACCCAUUGAAUUUUAGAAAUGUCUGUUUGUAAAAACUGUGAAUAUGCCAAUUAAAAUAUAGAUAAAGUCA